AUGGCAUGAUAAAAUAGAUUACACAAAUACGAUUUAAAUUAUAUUCUCUGUUUCCUUUCCUGGCCAUUUCCCAAUUAUUAGUACAGCCGGGCCGGUGGUGUUAGCUAACAACAUAUCGUUAGCCAACUUGUCAGCUAACACAACACACCAUAAUGAACUGUUAGCGCCGCAGGCUCUAGUUGUAACAGGUGAUGCACGAGAGACCUCAUGAAUACUCGUCGGCGCCACGGACCCAGGAGCAAUGAGGAUGGGGUGUAUCUGGGGCCAGCCCUCACCCAGCCACAGCUGCUCCAGCAGCCCGAUGCCCCCCAUUCUGCCCUUCUGCCCCUCGCCCCCCCUAUAGAUUUAGGUGGGGGAUCCUGCCGUGACCGGACAACAGAGUUUCAGUCUGUGUGCCGGUCUCUGCAGGGACGACAGAAUGGCCUCCAGACCAGUAAGCCGGCCCUCAGUGCUGUCAGACAACGCAGUGACUUCACUCUUGCGGCAAAACGUAUUGGGAGAGACUUGAGUAAUACUUUUGCCAAACUUGAAAAGCUGACGAUACUUGCCAAAAGCAAAUCUCUUUUUGAUGAUAAGGCCACUGAAAUCGAUGAGCUAACGUACAUUGUAAAACAGGACAUCAACAGUCUAAAUAAGCAGAUAGCCCAACUGCAGGAGUUUGUGCGCUCCAGAUGUGGACAGAAUGGCCGGCACCUGCAGACACAUUCCAACACAGUAGUUGUGUCGCUACAAUCCAAGCUGGCAGCCAUGUCAAAUGACUUCAAGUCAGUGUUGGAGGUCAGAACAGAGAAUCUGAAACAGCAGCACAGUCGACGAGAGCAGUACUCUCAGCCCCCUACGCACUACUCGCCCAAUGCAUCCCACAACUUCAAUCCAGGAAACUCGCUACUAAUGCAAGAUGAGUCUAGGAGCCCAGGUGAUGUGUCCAUAGACAUGGACUCCCGUGCUAGCCAGCAGAUGCAGCUUGUAAACGAACAGAACUCCUACAUUCAGAGCCGGGCAGACACCAUGCAGAACAUCGAGACCACCAUCGUGGAGCUGGGCUCCAUCUUUCAACAGCUGGCUCACAUGGUGAAGGAGCAGGAGGAGGUUGUAGAGAGAAUUGAUCACAACGUCGAGGACGCCCACUUCAACGUGGAGGCUGCCCACACAGAGAUCCUUAAGUACUUCCAAUCGGUGUCUGCCAACCGUUGGCUUCUUAUCAAAAUCUUCCUCAUCCUCAUAAUUUUCUUCAUCGUUUUUGUCGUCUUCUUAGGCUGAAUGAUUUUUCAAAGUUAUGAGGAGAAGGGAUGAGGAUAUUUGGAUGGAAGGAUGUAGCAGGACAGGUGGUGUUGGUAGAGGAUGUGCCCAAAAGUUGAGUUUUUUUCAGCUCAUCCGCCCAUCACACCUUCACCUGGUGAGAUGCUCACCUGGCUCAUCUUACCUGUCUGGUGCGGUCCUGUGCAAUCACACAGGUGUGAAUGACCAUAAUAAUCCAGAAGCGAUUUUUCAGUUGUGAUUCGAUUUAAUCCUUCUAUCACGUCAUACUGUUUAAUGUCUGAAAUUGGACCAUGAUGAGUAUAGUGCAACAUGUAGCUGGAACAGGGAAGGAGUGUGUGAAUACUGAAUAAGUAGCCUGCACUAGCCAUGCCAUUUCGAUUUGGCUUAUUGAAUAUUGUCAUGAAAUAUUAUUUUGAGAUAUUUCAGAUCUUGUUCAGAACCUUGUUGUUUUAAUUUUACCCAACAUUAUCAGUUCUGAUGUAUAUCUUCAGUUCGUCCAGUUUUAUUUAGGCCAUUUUUGUUUGUUUUUUUUGUUGUUGUUGUUGUUGUUUUUGUCUUUGUGAGGGAGCUGUGUUGGAUUGGUUUCUGUAUCCUUUGCUGCUUAUGGUGCAUACUUGUUAAUGAUUGCCUACCCAACACUUUGCUUACACCUUCUUAGUAUGAAUGCACAGACCCUGGGUAAAUUAAUUGUAUUAUUAUUUCUCUUUUAAAUUUUUCAUUUAAACCAUCGCCAUUUCUAACAAGUGUUGAAGGAUGCCUGUGAUCCAAGUGGGACUAUCGUGGUUUAACACAACGAGGCUGUGACUGAUCCCUCUGUAUUAACUCUCUAAGUCAUGCACACUCACUCUGCAAGAUUAGGGUUAUUAGGGCGCAGAUGAAAACUCUGUUUGAUUACAGCGUGAGAAAUAUUUGUCAACAGUGAGUGCAGCACACUAGCCACUGUGUGUUUGGCAGGCAUUUGGCAUUUGUUUAUUCUAGAAUUAUAGGCUGAUGGACUGGGUGGUGGCAUACUGGUCUCCUCUCCCCCCUGUCCUCCUGGGAGACCUGAGAUCAGGGGGAUGGUUUGCUGUAAGCUAGCUGUCUGUAGUUGAGUCAAAUGUCAAGUCUGUCUGUGUGUGUGUGCGUGUGUGCGUGCGUGUGUUGACAAAUGACAUUUCUUAAGGAAAACUGCUUUUACAAUUUGUCAUUCCUGUACUAUUUUCUGGAGCUUUCUACAGCUUGCAUCAGCCUCUCUGGUUAGGAGCAGCAAAUCAGAGUAUUGAUCAGUGUGUGUCUUUAAUGUGCUGUUAUUGGAAAGGAAGUGUCAGUCAUCAGGGUCUCGGUGUGCUAAAGGACAUUGUGUUGUAGAGAAUGAAUGGAUCAGAAGAGAACCCUAAAAGGUUGAGACCUCGUACUUUUUAAAAAUGAAAUACAACUUUACAUAUUGUAAAUGAUAAAAAAAAAGUGAAAUUAUGCUCAGUUUUGAAAAAAAUGUGAAGCUGUUCUUACUUCUGAUAUCAUAAUUACAGUCUUAUGCACAAAGCAGUAUACUGCCAGAAUAUUUUCAACCAAAUAAAGCCAUUGCUGUAAA